GGAACUAAAGGCACACGGUCAGAGUUUAGGGAGGACGGAUUUGAGAGACGUACACGUCCCUCAGCUUCAUGCAAGAAAAACUCAACAGUUAUAAUAUGAAAUAUAUCCUCGGACAUGUAGGUCAUGCGGUAUUACAGAGAACUAAAUGUCUUAAACAUGUUAGUGCAUCAGCGCCACAGUCUAACGAGGGGAAUAAAACUAAAAACUAAAAAGCUGACGCCGACUCCUCUGUGGAGGCUGCGGUCGUGUAACUGUCACACAGGACCAGAGGAUGUUUCACACCUCAGCGAGCAAAAUGGAUCCUCAAAUAAGCAGGUGACCAAAAGGCACACAAAGAGAAGAUCGUCAUGUCAACCAGUACUGGAUCGAUUCGACCAGCAGUACAGUCAGGAACUUGGAGACUUGUGGCCGUCAGCAAGAGCUGUGCUCCUGGACCCCCCUUCUUGGCAGCAUGGGGUCAUGCUCAACCGCUUCAGCGCUGUGUCAGAAAUCACCCAGACUCUUUGGUCACAGGGCUUUUCAACACUGCUGCCACGAUCAGACGUGUCCACGUUGCCCUGUGGUGGCCGCUCGCCAGUCGCAAAUUCAAAACAGCAAGGGGGAAAAGACUCUUUGUCCAAGUGGCCCCCUAAUGAGUGCAAUCUCCAACCUGACACCACCUCUCAUGCGCUGGGUCAGGCUCUUGAAUCAGAGCCUUCACUCAGUUUAGCCCGUCCUUCAUUACAAUGCUACAUCCACCCACGUCCUCUGCGGUUUCCCUCUCAGGCCCACAGGCCUGGCCAGCUGAAGCAGUACUACCUCCUGAACGCAGCGUCCCUGCUUCCAGUGCUGGCCCUGCGAGUCAGAGACGGGGAGAAGGUUUUGGAUCUUUGCUCUGCUCCUGGGGGCAAAGCCUUAGCCAUAAUGCAGGCUGCCAACCCAGCGCUUCUCUGCUGCAAUGAACCAGACCCACACAGACGGGACUGGCUAGCCAAAACGCUGGAGUCUUUUCUGCCUCACUCACUAAACAGCAGGGUGAUUGUGUCUCCGCAGGACGGACGGUCUUUUGGGCAAAGUGAAGCGGGGACGUACGACAAGGUUUUAGUCGAUGCUCCAUGUUCUAAUGACAGGAGCUGGUUGUAUUCUUGCAGCAGCCAGCAGGGGGAACAGAGACUACAGGAGAGGUCCAGGCUGCCUUCGCUUCAGGCUCAGCUGCUUAGGUCUGCACUGUCAGCGGUCCGUCCGGGGGGCGUCGUGGUCUAUUCCACUUGCACGCUGUCCAGCUCUGAGAACUACACUGUGGUUGAGACGGUGCUGAAUGACUGUCCUGAGGCUGAACCUGAAGACCUGUGGGAAGAGAUUGCUGUCCCUUUAUCAAACUACUUUGCAUUUGGUCCUGCUCACCCUGGUCACAGAGGACAGACACUUCACAAGCCACAGAACGGCAACGUGUCCUCUUACCGACACGCACUUGGCAUUUUAGUGGUUCCUGAAGCAGGCAGGACCUGGGGACCCAUGUUUUUGUCCCGGAUUAGAAGGAGGAAAUAGAGUGUAUCCUCCUGUGCUGAAAAGAUAUGAGGAUAGAAGUGGCUAAACAGACUUUUGUUACCUGUGGGUUUUUUGGUAUUCAAAGAAACUUACGUCACCGGCCAGUCUGCAAACUGGGGAGGUUUUUUAAACCUGCAUUCGAUAUAAUGGCCAGCAGGGGAUGACCCCACUGAUCUAAAGCAUACUCUGAUUGUAUGUAAGGAUAUAAGAAAGUGACCCUACUUCUCAUUUGAUUUAUUACCUCAGGAAACCGUUCUGUUUCAAAUCUUCUUAAAAACAACUUGAAGUCCAUUUUGUAAUUCAUGGUCCCAUUUUGAGUAAAUCAGAGGUAAGUAGGGUGUGCUUGUUAGGGUGUGGUUACCUUGGAAAUUAAAAUGUUGCUACCAUUGUGAUCUCAGUCAGAUCCAAUCAGGAUAUCCUCUCCACCCUCUCAUCCAAGUAUGAUCAUUCAUCCCAGUUGCCAGAAUAAAUCUUAGCCAAGUAAGUUUCUGCAAAACCACAAACUGCGGUUGGCUGCUUGGCAACCCUGUGGAGUUGUAAUAACUAGACUAACUAUCAUUAGGUAGCCAGAAACAUAAAUCUAGAUGAAUGAUACUUUUGCUCUUUUACUGUUAGAUCCCAAACAAGCAGCUGUUUGCUCACAAGUUCACCAUUUCCGUUUAAAAGCUGCUUUUCAGUUUUGUGUUCAUAACUUUUUUCUGCUGCCCGGUAAUUAUUUGUUUAAUUGCUUUCUUUCACUUCUGCAACUGACCCUCUUUUGAUUUAUUGUAUUAUUUAUGUUUUUAUGACAACUGUGGAAACCACUGACACUGCAGAUGUACAGUCGUAUCGACUGAUUCUUUUAAAUGCUGCACAUUAAUAAAACUGCGUCCAUGUCGUAUAACAAAAUUGAUAAUACUAUAAGA